CCAACCGUCAGUCAUGGACGGACCAACAAUUGAAAACAGCUAUUCUAGCAGUUCAAUCUGGCUCUUCCCAACAAAGCGUUGCUCGGGAAUUUGGUAUUCCUAGGACCACUCUAGACCGAUAUUUAAAAAAAGACAAGAAUACAAAAUCGAGCCUGGGUUCACAUUCACCUGUUCUUACGAAUGCUCAAGAACUCCUACUGGAAAAACACAUCAUAACCAUGGCGAAACAAUGCUAUGGGCUGACGCCAAGAGAAAUGAGAAGUGUUGCUUUCGAGGUAGCCGAAUCGAACAAUAUAGCGCACCCAUUCAAUAAAUCUCUUAGGCUCGCAGGAGUGGAUUGGUUGAAAGGAUUCAUGGAUCGACAUCCCAACAUUACAGUAAGAACACCAGAAAAUACAUCUUUGGCUAGAGCUAGAGGUUUUAACAAAGAAAGCGUAAAAGAAUUUUUUGAUGUGUUGGAGACGGUAUUAAGUGAACAAGAUUUUCCUCCGCACAAAAUAUGGAACAUGGAUGAAACCGGAUUCUCCACAGUACAAACAAAACCGAACAAAGUUCUUGCCAAGAGGGGAGAACAUCAAGUUGGAGUGAUAUCUAGCAGUGAAAAGGGCACUAACACUACUGUAAUUAUGGCCAUGUCUGCAUCGGGGGACUAUUUACCACCGAUGUUUAUAUAUGCUAGACAAAGACUUAACGAAGGUCUAAAAACUGGUGCUCCAGAAGGAUCAAAGUUCGGUUGCAGUAAGAAUGGCUGGAGCACUAUGGAAACGUGCAUGGAAUGGUUCGACCAUUUUUUAGCAUUUACAAGACCAACUGUAGAUUCUCCGAUUCUGCUAGUUAUGGACGGACAUUCAAGCCACACAAAAAACUGGCCGUUGUUGGAAAAAGCAAAAAACAGCUUUGUUCGAAUCAUAACAAUCCCACCACACACGUCUCAUAAACUACAGCCGUUAGAUGUAACGUUUAUGGGGCCAUUGAAAACUUACUAUUCAUCUGCUAUUGGAACUUUUAUGAAAAAUAACCCAGCAAAAUCAGUUUCACUCUAUAACAUUCCGUCGCUAGUAAAAGAAGCGUUUGAAAAAGCUGCAACCAGAUCAACUGCAAGAAAUGGAUUUUCUGCUACAGGAAUAUAUCCAUUCAACCCAUCGGUUUUUAAAGAAGAUGAUUAUGUUGUCAACAAUUUCAUAACACAGCAAAAUAUAGCAGAAACUAUACAACCAUUAGAGCCGACACUAAACGCUACACUAAACAAUAGCCAAAUUGAUGUUUUGCCGAUUGCUAUGUCAAUCCCUUCGGACUCAGAUAAUAUUAGCAUUCCUCCACCUAUCUGCACACCAGCACAAAAACAGAAACCACGCCGAAAUCGACAAGGAAAAUCUGCAGAGCUUACUUCAAAUAAAUACAGGACGAAUCUUUUACAACAAGUUGCAUUAAAAGAUAUAUCAAACAUUAAAAAAAGAAACAAAACUCAGCAAAAAAAUCAGACAAUGAUACAAAAUAUCCUGUGCUAUAAGUGUGGCGAUGUAUUUAGCACAUCAAAAAAUUGUGAAGCUUGGACAAAAUGCUGUUUUUGCUUCCAAUGGUUCCAUGCAACUUGUUUCCUAGAAUGCGAAACAUGUAAAUAAUG